ACAGGCACUGAAACACACAGUGUUAGUCUACCAAUGCCAAGUCAAUCACCUUCUGGAUAACACACCGCUCUGUGAGGUGCUGCAAGGCCACAUCCAGCCAAAAUGGAGACUGUAGUUGAAGGUGAAGAAGCAGGCUCAUUCCCCAACCUAGAGUACAAGGCCGCUCAUCAGGCGUUCAGGGAUCGCUGGAAAGAGACGGAUGAAUCCAUGUGUCGCCACAGCAUGUCCUUCCACUUGCACCACUCACUGAGGAGUGAGUUCUUUGCCAGCUACCUGUACCUGCUGGAGAAGAUUCCUGUUGUCAAGCUGUUUCCAGUCACCUGCGAGUUCAUCAAAGGAGAGAAACAGUUUUACCACAGAGCUCAGCAGUUCUACGAGGACGUCCCCGCCUCGGAGGAGGGCAUGCUGGGAGAUUUUGCGGAGAUAACCGACGUGGAUCUGGAGGCUUCCCGGCAGUUUCUGAAGAGGUUUGUGGGUCCUGGUAAGGCAGGCACACACUGUGCCCUGGACUGCGGCUGCGGGAUCGGCCGUGUGAGCAAAGGCGUCCUCCUUCCUGUGUUUGAGAAAAUGGAGCUGGCCGACAUGAUGGAGCACUUCUUGCUCCAUGCUCACGAGGAGUACCUCGGUGAUGAUGCCGACCGCAUCGAGACCUACUAUUGCUACAACCUGCAAGACUUCACGCCUCCAAAAAACAAAUAUGACGUAAUCUGGAUACAGUGGGUGGCAUGCCACCUAACAGACAAAGACCUGAUGAACUUCCUGAUGCGCUGUAAGAAGAGUCUGCGUCCAAACGGCGUCAUCAUAAUAAAGGACAAUAUGGCGCGGCAGGGUUGCAAGCUGGACCCCAUCGACAGCAGCAUCAGCCGCCACCUGGACAUCAUGAAGUGCAUCAUCGGCAAGGCCGGCCUCGAGGUCCUGGCUGUAGAAAAGCAGGAAGGCUUCCCUGACAUCAUCAUGCCUGUCUGGAUGAUUGCAAUGAAGUAAUGACUCUCAGUGGAAAAUCCGACCUGAAUCUGAAUGCACGUGUUUUUCCUCAUUUGUUUGGGUGUAUAUUUUUGAUCAGGUCUCUAAAAACUACAACACCACAGAAAGAAAUCUUCAAACAUUUCAACAGCAGAUAAAUCCUGAAACUGCCGUGUGGACGGUGCGAUGGCACCCGGGGAGAUUUUAUGGAGACAGAGUUAUUUUUCUGCUCAGCCAAGAAGUAAAAUAAAGCUUUUACGUGGACAUUAACCUUCUACAGAAGCACUCUGUAUGUCCACCAAAGCCAGACUGUAAUUUAUGGCCGGCUGACCACCUCCGGAGUCGUAUCGUGAUGACAUUAAAGGUGGACCCUCAGCCCUCUGGAGAGUAACUGUGGGAGAAGCUUGUUCCUGUCUAAACCACGACGAGCAUUGGAAUAACAUGUGGACUAAGAUGGUUUGUCCGCCAAGUGAAUGAUUUGUAUCCCGUUUUACAAUCCAGCAUGUUUCAUUACACGUACAGCCAAAUGUAUCAUGUCAUAUUUAUACAUAAAAACAUAUUGCUUUAUAUUUUAAACACAGUAACUAUUUUAAACUUGAAAACAGUUUCUUGUUAGAUAAAUUCCCCUCCAUUGUGAUUGGAUCUUAAUGGGCGGUAGUGGCAAAGUCCAUAGGGGACUUGGCAUGGGAACUGGAAGGUCACCAGUUCAAGUCCCGGAAAGACCAAGUGCUACCGAGGUGUCCCUGAGCAAGGCACCGUUCCCUACACUGCUCCCCGGCACCGCACAUAAUGGCAGCCCACUGCUCCUAACACUAGGAUGGGUCAAAUGCAGAAUUAAAUAUCUCCUCUGUGAGACGAUUAAGGGUUCUUUCUUUCUUCUCUCUGAUCUCAGGUUGAGCAGGGGAACCUGUUAACAGAGGUCAAGUGACACAAAUCUCAGUAGCCCAUGGGUCAGAAUCAGAAUUCUGUUUCCUGAGAGAGCCCAAUCACUUUCUUAUUGUAAAUAUUUGUCCCUGCUCUGCACAAUGCUGAACUUCCAUUUUUUGUUCCAAUCUGUUAUAAUAAAAUAAACAGGGCCAGUUGUGAUGCUUACUAGCAUUAGUGUUUGCUCAAUAGAGUUUGAGCAUACAUUGCUUUUCUAGGGUUUUAAAAAUAUCAAUGAUUUAACAUCUGGAAAAAUAACUUGUUGGGCCCUCGUUUAUUCUUAAGAAUAGGGCCAUUGAUUGCCUUUCCAAUAUGCUGUCUUCUAUAAACAGAUAUAUAUUCAUUCAUAACUUGUAGGCAAUGCACACAGAAGAUGCAGGAAGUAAGUAUUGGCCCAAAAAAAGCAUGCUAUGCCAGAACCAAAGAAAACUGUGUUUGUUCCCAUUACAGACUUUUAGUUGUCAGACUGAUGGGUUCCAAGAUUAACAAUAAGCUGUCUUUCCUAUGUCACCAUUUUUACAAAUUGAGAUCCUGCAUGCAUUUACAUCUGCGUUAGAUAGAUACAGAUAACAUGUUAAAGAGGCCCUAUUAUGCGUCUUAGGGGUUUCCCUUUCCUGUAGUGUUUUAUAUAGGUUUUUGUGCAUGUAAAUGGUCUGCAAAGGCAAACAUAACCCCCCCCCCCACCUCCAUUGGACUAAUUUGUUAACUUCUGCACCCUUUAAUUUGGGAAUUUAACAGAUAACCAAGCAGGGCUCUGGUUUCAGACAGAGGGUGAAAAGAGGUGCUGCAGCACAGGCAGUAUGAGAAGAAGAAGAAAAAGCACUUGUUAAAAAUAAAAGCAUGAAAAACAUUUCACAGCAGAGGGAUGAAAUACAAACCUGGAAUUUUAUGGUUGGACUUGAGGACUUAAUGUCAACUUUCAGUGCAACAUGUAAUUCUCUGUUCACAUUGCAUCGCAGGAGAAAUAAUGUUCAUUCAGUGCACCUAGUAAACGUUAGUCAGGUGUAAAUAUUAAAAUGUUACGUAGGUUUGUUUUUUUUACUUUUGCUUGUAAUAUUGCAGAUAAAUACAUUUGUACUUUUUAUAUGGAUUUCGUGUUCUUUUUUUUCUUCUGUUGAGUGCUUUAAUUCAGAAUAGACAUUUCUUUAUAAUUCAUUUUCUUGCACACUGUCUACAGAUUUGAAGAUAAGUAUAUCUUCAUUUAUUUAUAUUUUGUUUUGGUGCAUCUUAAUGUUGGUUUUCUUCAAUCUAGCUCAAGAUGUUUACUUAAAAAUAAAACAAAAAUAUCAAUCUCUGAAA